AUGGAAUGGGAGAGAUGGAGGCAAGAACUCAUGAUCCUGGCUGGCCUAGAAAUACCAAGAUGCUACAAGCCUGAAAAUUUUGGUGAAGUCAAGACAGUCGAGUUGCAUCAUUUUUCCGAUGCUAGUUUGGUCGGAUAUGGGCAAUGCAGCUACCUUCGGAUGAUCGAUGAAAACAACAAUGUCGACACUGCCUUGGUCAUGGCCAAAUCCAGAGUCGUUCCGUCAAAGCCCAUUACAGUUCCAAGGCUCGAGCUUACUGCCGCAGUAACAUCUGUCAAAAUUAGCAAGUUCCUGAGGCGAGAGCUGCAAUAUGAAGACCUUACAGAAGUAUUUUGGACUGAUAGUAUGGUUGUCUUGGGAUACAUCGCAAAUGACGCCAAGCGCUUUCAUAUAUAUGUAGCAAAUCGAGUACAGAAGAUCAGGGACAAUACAGCUGUGAAGCAAUGGAGGCACAUCGCAACCGACAACAACCCAGCCGACCUCACAUCUCGAGGAGCAAACGCCAGAGAGUUGAUCGACAGCCAGCUGUGGUGGAAAGGGCCAGCCUUCCUUUCCACUUUGAAGCCACUCAGUCCUUGCAAGAUUGACAACCUUGGUGAAGGGGAUCCAGAGAUCAAGAAGAUGACAACCCUGGCAACUGGAGCUGUAAUUGAAGCUGACAUAGGCCUACUCCCAAGAUUGCAGCGAUUCUCAAGUUGGUACAAGGCUAAAAGAGCUGUCGCUGUCUGCCUGAAGUUCAAGGAGAGGUUGCUUAAUCGGACAGCAAGGUUUUCUACAUACAAGCCAGUGACAGCUGAAGAAAUCUCUCAAGCUGAGAUGUUGAUCCUUAAGACAGUCCAAGCUGAAGCUUACUCUGAAGAAAUGCCCAUUCUUCGAGGAAUUAAGGCUGUAGACGACAAUGCUGACCAGAAGGGGUCCACAAACCGAGACAGUUGCAGGAGGCGAGACUUAGUUCUGAAGAAAAGCAGCAGCUUGUACAGACUUGAUCCUUAUCUGGAUGAAAAUGACAUCAUCAGAGUCGGUGGACGGAUCAGAAGAGCUAACGUUCCGAGGGGAGUCAAACAUCCAGUCCUGCUGCCUAAAGACAGUCACAUCACCAGGGUAAUAGUCCGGCAUUUCCACGAAAGGACCGGUCAUGGAGGUCGCAACAUGACUCUGAAUGAGAUCCGAGCCCAAGGAUAUUGGAUAACAUCUGCAAGAUCCAGCAUCACGUCCUGUCUGAGUAAAUGUGUCAUCUGUCGUAAGCUGAGAGGACCCCCCUUGGGUCAGAAGAUGGCCGAUUUACCUGAAGAUCGCAUGAAAGAAGCUCCACCAUUUACUUACGCCGCAGUCGAUUAUUUUGGCCCCUUCCUUGUUCGUCAGGGCCGGAGUGAUCCAAAGAGAUAUGGAGUCUUGUUUUCCUGUCUGAGCUCGAGAGCCAUACAUAUCGAGACAGCUAACUCGCUGAGUACGGAUUCCUUCCUAAAUGCAUAA